AACUGGCAAGUGAACAAUCCAGCAAGAAGCAAAUUUCCAAAAUUGCUCUCUGAUCAAUCAUUCCAUCGUUUUCCACCAUUAAAAUCAACGAAUUAUGAUAUUUAACACCAACUUGUAUAUAUAUAUAUAUAUAUAUGUAUAUCAAAGCGAAAAUCCAAAUGUGUGUCAAAAGGUAUCUUUCAAGAAGAGGAAAAAAGAGAUCCCUUAAUUAGAAUGCAAUUAACAUAAUUAAGCUCCUACAUCGUCUGUGUGUGUAUGUGUAUCUGAAUUUGGGAAAGGACACCAAGUAAGAGCAAACUAAUGGAUCCAAAUGUUGAAGAUGGAAAAAUUAAUGAAGAUUUGGAACUGGGUUGGGGAAAAUCUUUACCGGUACCAAGUGUCCAAGAGAUGGUGAAGAAUGAUUCUGAAAGUGUUCCUGAAAGAUAUAUAAAAGAAUACCAAGACAGGCCAACAGAUUCCACCCUCUCUCCCCAUAUGUUCGACAAUAUCCCAGUCAUAGAUUUCUAUUUGCUUGUUAGUGGAGAUGGAGAUGAGCUAAACAAGCUAGAUUCUGCUUGCAAGGAGUGGGGUUUCUUCCAGCUAAUAAACCAUGGUGUGGAAGUAGAGGUUUUAAACAGUAUGAAGGCUGCUGUGGCAGCAUUUUUUGAUCUCCCACUUGAAGAGAAAAAGAAGUAUGCAAUGGCUGAGAAUGAUAUUCAAGGAUUUGGCCAAGCAUAUGUGGUUUCAGAACAUCAAAAGCUAGAUUGGUGUGAUCUUUCAUUCUUGAUAACUCAACCACCCGAACAUCGAAACUUCAAGUACUGGCCCACCACAUUACCAGGCUUCAAAGAGGCAGUCGAUGAAUACUCGAAAGAAGUAGAGAAAGUGACUGUGGAGAUCUGUGAAUGUCUUUCACGAUUGAUGGGUUUGGAUAAACAUGGUUUGAAAAGGUUGCAUGGAGUAAUGAAACAAUCAAUGAGACUGAACUACUAUCCGCGGUGCUCCAGGCCUAACCUUGUUCUUGGUGUUAGUCCACAUUCUGAUGGAGGAUCCAUUACCUUUCUUCUGCAGGAUGAUGAGAUCACUGCUCUGCAGAUCAAGUACAAGGAAAGAUGGCUUCCCGUAAAGCCAAUUCCAAAUGCAUUGGUCGUCAAUGUCGGUGAUGCUCUUGAGGCUUGGAGCAAUGGGGUUUACAGAAGCAUUGAGCACAGAGCUGUCACGAACACGAAAAAAGAAAGAAUUUCCAUUGCAACAUUCGUACUUCCAGAUGAGGAGGUUCAAAUUGGUCCUGUGGAAUCAAUGAUGGUUGAUCGGCCAAGACUGUACAGAAAUGUUAAGUUUCUGGAUUACCUUAAACACUUUUUAGACAAGAAAAUGGAUGGAAAAUCUCACACCAGCUUUCUCAAGUUAGAAAAGGACUUAUGAAUUCUGGUUGCUUUUUUUUUCUUCUUCCAACUUUCUGUCUAGUGCUAGUAUGUAAACUAUGGAGAUAGAAGACAUAUUUAACAAUAAUAGAAUGAUACAUCAUAUAAUGUUAUUAUUUUC